AUGGCCGCGAGCAUCCGAGGAGGAGGAGGAGGAGGAGGAGAUCGCGCCGAAGGGAGCCGCCAGCGUGCAUUUCGAGCGCGGGCGCUCGCUGACCCUUUAAAUCUCCCUCUGCUGCACCAGUGCCUUCCAAACAGCCCUGUCUGGCAGAGCCACGCCACCGCCGGCACCCACUGCCUGGGGACUGUCAUUCUGCCUGCUCGGCGGGAGGAAAGCCGGGAGUGCCGGUGUGCCAGCCCCGCCGCGAGCAUCCUGCAGCCGGGGCCAGGGCAGCGUCGCCUUCCCCGGCCGGCGGCUCGGCGCCGUGAAUCAGCACUUCCCGACCUGUGCAAGAACUGCCACCACCUGAUCGCGCGCCACGAGUACACCUUCAGCGUGGUGGACGACUACCAGCGCUGGUGCUCAUCCCCGGCAGCUUCCCACAAACCACGCGGACGCGGGUUACGCUCCCUCCGGCUCAUUUAUUGCCGCCGGCCCGCGCUGCCCCGCUGGCCCCGGCCCUCUGCCCCCAUCGAGCCCCCUCCCCGUGGCAGUUUCGGAGGGGACUGUCACCCGGCGGAGAGCUGGGGCCGUCCCGCGGGGCUGCAGCCGGCGGGGACGCCGGAGCCGGCCCUACUUGGCCAGCUUGAGGAGACGCUGGAUGUCGGGCUCCAGCUGGAUGGUGGGCAUGCGGGGGCUGUAGCGACGGAAAGGUUCCCCUUCGGGACCCACCAGGAAUUUCUCGAAGUUCCAGGAGAUGUCGGAGCGCUGUACUGGGCUCCAGGUGACGAAGCGGGGUUCGGCCAUCAGGUGCGCCGCCUCGUCGGCCGGCGCGGGCAGGCCGUCAACGCGCUCUGCAUCAUCGGCACCGAGGAGGCGUUCGGCGUCAUCGACAGGAAGAAGCUGCUGGAGUACCUGCACUCGCUGAAGCAGCCCGAUGGCUCCUUCCUCAUGCACGUCGGCGGCGAGGUGGACGUCAGGUGGGCUCCCGGCGGCGACGCGGCGCUCAGCAUGGCGCGCUGGAUGUUCGACCAGUCGGCGCUGCAGGAAUACAUCCUCCUGUGCUGCCAGUGCCCGGCCGGCGGGCUGCUCGACAAGCCGGGCAAGUCCCGAGACUUCUACCACACUUGCUACUGCCUGAGCGGGCUGGCCAUCGCCCAGCACUUUGGCAGCGGCGACCUCCACCACGAGGUGAUCCUGGGCGUCCCCGAAAACCGCCUGCAGGCCACGCACCCCGUCUACAACAUCGCCCCGGAAAAGGUGGUGAGAGCAGUGAUGCAUUUCUUGCAGCAGCCCGUGCCCAGCCCGGAGCCGACGGCUGCUGCCGAGUAG